UGCAAUUCAUUGCGUCGCACGCAUUAAACGGGUUAUGUAAGCUCUAACAACCAUUCGCCCCAUUCAUCAGGCAGGGGUAUCCAGAGGCCGGCCGUUGACUUAACUAACGAAUCGACAGUAGACACUCAACCAACGCGACGACGCGAUCGGACAAUCAAUCUACCAACCGAUCAGCAAACGCGAGCUGCGCACGAGUGAGCGAGUGACAGACAAGACGGUUCUUUUCCGCGAUUGGCUGCAUCGCACAUUCAUACUAUAUUUAUUCGCAGCGUGGCAGCACUGUCGCAACUGCUACCAACUUCAAGUCGCAGCGGCUUGUUUACGCAAACGUUACACUAGUUAUGUUUUGAACGGUUUCUGUAUUAGUGUUCUUGGUUCAAAACUUUGAUUAGCCGGUUUUAUCAAUGGAAGUGACAAGUGUGAUGCAUUGUGUGUGUAUAAAGAAAUAUUGUACUCUUUUUAUUCCAUGUAAUAAAACGUUAUGUUGUGUUAGACAAUGAAAGUGUGGUUAUGUUGACAAUCAAACUUAUUGGCGGUUAACGACAAUUUUUAUUCAGAUGAGGUUAUUUGCAGUGUUUCAUAUAUGGUCACAGUAUUAAAUGCAGUUUGUGACGACCAUGCGUAAUAUGUUGUGUGACCCUGCCACCAGCUGGUUCGCUUUACCGUGAGAUCUCGCAGAGCCCGGUCAUUGAUAAAAGACCUUCGACAGUUUAAUGCGAUCGACUGCUCGCUUUUGGCCCGUUUCAGCGUCUAACAUUCACCUUGCUAGUGAAACAGCUGUUCGUUUACCAAAUUACGGGUUAUAAAACAACACAAUCAUAAAUUACAACUAAGUACAUUAAAUAAACAUCCUUAAAUCGGAAGACAAUUUAGCAAGAACACUUACUAAAUUGACAAUAUUACCUUACAGCGUGAUUAAUAAGGCACCUACCUACACUGUGAUGUGACACGCACAGAAUGAGAAAAGUAAUUUUAACCCAAACAUUAACCAUUCUGAAAAAAAUAUUUAAAGACACUUAAUAUUUUCAAUUAAAAAAGCAUAAAUUUUCGGACUCUACUACUAAUAAAAUAAAUCAUGAACAAAUUAUAAGCACCAUUUGGACUAUUAAUCUGUUUCGAUCGAAAACCACCAAUGAAUCCAUAAAACAGCAGGCAGAAACCAUUCGCCGAGCAGUAAAUGCGAUACUUCCAAUCAAUCCAACAGAAACUCAAUAUUUCAAUCUGGGCUCCAGUUGGGCUAAGUUUUACAAGCCCGUCAGGCAAUUAUUUCAAACUGUCGUCAUCGUGUUUCUAAUUAAUUCUCACGCCUAAUAAAUUGUAACUAGGUUGUUUGGUCAUCCAAUAUUUACAUUAGCACAUGCUUUUAAAUCAAGUUAAUAUAGUCGUUUAUGUUAACUUCUUCGUUUAGAGAAUGCAAAAGCAACCAAUUUGAACAAGACAUUUAAUAAGUGACUUGAAGAUUUCUACACCAACAUUGCAGGCAAAAUCCAUAUAUUGUACCAGAUGGAUAUAGAAAUUUCCUUUCGAUGAUACAAAAAUAUCAGGAACUUUUGAGGAGACUACUAUUAAUAUCAAUUAAGUAAAUGAGCAUGAAAAUUUAUAACAAUGGUGUCGAUUCUGGCGUGAUUCUCUAAACUUAAAACUAAAUUUAACAUCAGUCUCUCCUUUUCAUUCUAUAUAGAGAAUGUCAAGGAUACACUGUUGUCAAAUUUAAGUUUAGAUUUAGAGAAUCAUGCGAGAAUCGACACCAAUACAUUACUUUUAAUAUCUACCGGGAAGAAAUCUAGACCCAUUUAAAAGCGAAUUCCGAUGUUCUUUGACGUUAUUUUAUUGUUAGAUUUUUAUUUAUCUAAUUCAUGGUGACAUAUUAAUAGGUAGCUCUCUUAUCUACACAAUAGCUUUAUUGUGAGCACGAAAGAAUGAGCUGAUUAAACAAAUUUCGUUAAACAAUAUUGAUAACAGCUUGCGUUUAUUUAAGAAUCAAAACUCCAUGGUGACGUUAAUUUUACUUAACUGUAAAAUAAAGUUUUGAAAAGGAAAUAAUAAAUGGAAUUCGAUUCGCCGAAAAGCGAAUAAGCGUAUGAUUUGAAUGAGACUAGAACCGGACCAUCAAAAGGUAUAUAUCCACUUGAUCGCACAUCGAAGUUUUGCAAUCACCAAACCCGAAACAGUUUUGGUUGCAAAAGCCGCUAAAGGGAUUGAAACACUUUGCUGCGAAUUAGAUUUUGAUUGCCCGUAAGUCGUUCCGAAGACAAAUUGCCCAUUAAAUAAUAAAGUAUUCUUGAUUCGGCGCGCUGAUGGAGAUUUAAUGAUAUUUAACAGUCACCUGGAUUGUAUAAUAAGAUAUGUUUUUGCUGUUUACACCUCAAUAAUGGAGAGUUAAUUUUGAAAUCUACAGUAAGGACAACACAUAAAUAACUCGACUUAUAUUCCAUUUAAUUACAAUGCAAGAUUCUAGCUUACAAAUUUAAUUAUAAAAUGGCACGGACACAUGUCUUUUACAUAUAAUAAUAAACAUAAACAAAAAAGUCGAAAGUUUGUCCGUGAAAAUUUUAUAUUAAGCUAAAGUUACUAUGCACACUUGGCAUUGUUAUUUCAAUAUUUUUGUCCACGUAACAACGCUACUAGUCUUGUUUGUUUCAAAGAAAGAAACUAUCUUAUAGUUACUUCCAAAACACUUCAAUUUGUGAGUAAUUAUGUUAGGAAUUGUUGAUGAUAUCGCCAUCGUUGGUUCAAAAAUGUCAAUUAAACUUCAGUUAUUACUGUAUUUAACAGUAAAAAGAACCAUUCUCAAAUAAAUGGUCGUAAGUAAACACGGUCGUUGUAACAAGGACGGCGGAAUCGCGUGAUAACUCUCAAUAAAAGUUAUUGUAUUCUUAUCUUUCUAUGUGAAAGCUCUCGUUAAACAGUUUAGCUGUUUGAAUAGUCUUGAUAUAGCUCCUCGGUUACGAAUUAUCUCAGAUAGCUGGCUCUCAAUAAUGAAAUUGUCAUUUAACAUUAUUUACUACACAUAUUUAGGUAAGAAUAUUGUGUUUAAAUAAAGAGAAAGAGAAUAAAAAUGCUUCAAAUGCAUCUCAUCAAAAAGUUUAGAAAUACUUGCUCAUUACAAACUUUUAUCAAGUCCCUGUUGCGUUCCAUAAAACCUUCACACAUCUCUCAAUAACUCAUUUCGAAAAGUGCGUCUUUAUGCUACAAACACGACGACGAAUGUUCCACUUUACGACUGCAAAACAAAAAAUGGCGGAAACACAAAGGGAUAGGGGAGAGGUCCCGCCGUCCCACUCAACAAGGAAGCACCUGCUACCUGACUCUGGAAUGUUGGCAGUACUAUAAUAUUCUUGAAUGAACUUUUUUCUUAAGUUUUUGUAAAUGGAACUUUGAUGGGCUGUUCUUUUUGUCUUGUAUGUAAAAGUUUAUACUUAACAUUUGGUUUUCGUGAAACUAUUAUGGACAGCAAAAAAUUGACAUUUCUAAUAAACUGAGAUAGCUAUGAUAUGAUAGAUAAUUUUAUGCUUUAAAGCAGGAGCUAUUUCUGUAGCUAAUUCUUACUUCUUUUCUAUAUUACCUGAGUAGCUAUAUUGUUAUAACCUUGGAUUUUAUUCCAUCAGUAGGUAUCAUUCGAAAAUUAACCGUUAUUUUCUGUAGCAAGCUGCUUUUGCUCGAAACAUCCCUUCUUUUAAACGGAAAUGUCACGCCCAUGCUGUCCAUUUUAAAUAGGAGAAACAGAUUUUUUAAAAUCAAAUGAGAUUACAAUCUAAAUCCAAAUAUAACCAAUAGUUCAUUUAGAAAAACCUAAAUAAAAUGUUGUAUGGCUUGUCUUUACAAAGGUAUAAUAAUGUCGACAUUUAUGAAUAUAACCGAAAUAAAAAUUAAAAAAGUAAAUCGAGCAUUUAUUGAAAUCCAAUUAAUUUCAGGUUCCAGCGAUACAAUAUUUUUCUGUAUAAAAAUGUUCAAGGGUGGUAUUGCCACAUGAAUACUUAUUACGUAGAAAGCAGGCGUCCCAUUUUUCCCACCUCCAGCUGUCAGCUUUAUCAUGCAUAAUUCGUUCUGAACCCUGCCAAAGUCAGCAAAAUACAUUAUGAGUUUACUUACAAAAAAAAACAUUUAUUUAUGCUUAUGAAUAGCUCGAUUGGAUUAACGGUUAUUGUGUUCUACUUCUAUACAUUAUAAAAUUUUAUGUUUCUUGUGAAGAACUGAAAAGGGAUACUACGGAUUUGAUGGUGUAUACAUACCCUUAUUUGGUUAUUGUCCGCGGCUUCGCUCGCGUUUAUUUGGUAUUCAGUGAAUGAAUGAAAGUCAAACUCAGUCAAAUAAUAAAAACUUUAUUAAACUUCUUCAUAGACAAUGUUCUUCUGAUUUUUGCUCCAUAAAAAACUUUGAACGCUCGCUUUACCUAUUUAGGGGUGAGUUUUGGAAAAUCCUUUCAUAGCGCACGCUUACAUCAUAAUAGCUUAAAGUGUGCCAAAUUUCAGCGCAAUCCGUUCAGUGGUUAGAGCUGUGCGUUAAUAGAUCCGUCAGUCAGCAACGUUGCCUUUUAUAUUAUACAGAUACUUCCACAAUAAUUCCUACAGUACCUUAUAUAAAACUGAAUUGUAAAAUAUUAAAUUGCACAUAUUUUAAUUACUUGUUUCCAAAUAUGGUAAAACGCUUUAAGACCAUCCACUGUGUUUGCUGUCGCUGUCACUAAGAUAUUUACUGUUUCCGUAUUUCCGGUGUAAUGGUAGCCAUACACACUAGAAAUCGUUACGAUCAGACUGUACAGUUCGAACGGAACAGUUUAUCGUACGCGGCGUACGUAUAGGAAACUGUGCAGUUUUAUAACAUACACGCUACGAUUUAUCGGUAUCGUUCGGACGGUACAGUCUAAUCGUAACGAUUUCUCGUAGUGUGUAUGGCUACCAUUAUAGUUGUUGAUUUCAUGUAAUAUUAGAAACACCUAAAUUGAUUUUAUAACUUAGUUGAGUCUUUAUAUUUAUGAAUAUGUUAAUUCCAGCUGUGGCCCGCGGUGUUACCCGCGGUUUAUUAGGGAUAUUUUACCGCAUUAAAACGUAGCAUUUGUGUUAAAAAUCCAGGGUGUCAGGUAAUUCCAUACCAAAUUUUAUUAAAAUCGCUCGAGCCGUUUAGACGUGAUGAAGUAACAAACAUACACACUCACAAACUUUCGCCUUUAUAAUAUUAGUGUGAUGUACAUCACGCAUACAUGAGAAAAACAAUAUUCACGACAUUUCGUGAUAAGAAAAUAAACGCAUGAAAAUGUCAUACAUAAAGUUAAUACCUAUAAUUAUAGAGAAAGAAACAGGAUCGAUACGCCCCAACAACUUAAAAGGUUGUAUUGUUAAUACUAACUACGAAUUUACGAAUUCCUGGUGAUGCAGAUAUUUAUGAACGGCUGUAAUCACCUAACAUUAGACAAAACAGCCGCCUUUGUGUUUCGGACUUGAAGUAUUUAUUAUACGAACUCGGCUGGCUAAGACUCGGCCAUGUGACUAGAUAACGUCAAAAUAAUAAAUUGAUGGCCUAACAGUUCCUCUACUGCUAACUUGGACGAUAAUGAGCUGAUUACUGUAUUUCUUUUCUGCUAUACCAACAUGGAAGUAAACUAACUAGCUGAAAGUUGCCGGCAAUAAAUUACUCUCGAGUAAAGCUCGCAAGUUCUGCAAAUUAAUUUCCUCGGCGUUGCACCACCAAAGAACAACAGACGAUGAAGUUUUGCAACUGUAAAUGAAUGCAAGGCAGUUUGAACUAUUAAAUACUUACUCUUAUUUUUAAUCAUGGUAGUAAAUGGAUAGCAUGAUUGUUCAGCCAACAUUUUGUUUGUCUUUCGGUGUGAAUUAGAGCUUUUUUGACUAAUUAAAAAAUGGUGACUGAAGAAAAACUGUGCACAAUUUCAUGUUUAAUAAUAAUAAUGUUCUAGUGUUAUAUAAAAAAAAAGAGAAAAGGGUUUUGUGCCUAGCACGAUAUAUAGACACGAUAGAAAUCCGCCCUGGAAAUUGCUUUUAAUUUUUGAAUCGACACGGUUUCAUAUUACAUAUGUUUCUUCGAAAAGGGUAUGAUGAAUUUUAUCGUUUAUAAUUAUUUCAAGCGUCCACAUUUAACUUUAUUACACGUUUGGUGUUAUGUAAUUAAAAUUAAGUGUUCUUUUUGCAUAUCACUUAUUUUCAAUCUAAAGAAAAUAUAACUAGAAAAAAUUCCACGCGGACCAGGCACUCGUUGCUGUUUUGACAUACUUAUUUCAGCAUUUAUUUUUCAGCUUUAUAGAAGUAGAGCUAGUUUGUUAUACAGGAAAUAUUUCUCAAAAACAAAAAUAAAAUAUUGAAAUUUCAAACCGAAUUUUCAAGUACUUAGUGCAAUGGAUAUCAUGGUUAUAGCAGUCGUGACAAGCCGAUUACGAAAUACCAAGUUUCGGAUCAUUAGUCGUGUAUUCAUUGUUUAUAUUAUAAAAAACUAUAUUGCUUUGUUUUCCGCAGAAACGACCCUUUUUAACAUUAAUAGCAGAGAUUAAUUCUAAAUUUAAUACAAAAUUGUUAACGAUCAUUUAUAAACGAAAAGUUUCCCAAAGUAAAAAUCUCACAAUACAUAAUAAUAUCGGUCAUUUCACAAUAGUGUAACCGCACAUUGUACAAUCAAACUUCGUAUGGGAUUGCAUAACAUCACCAUACUCGUACAUGACUAUACCACAAAUCCAAUUUGAAUCGAUCCAUAUCGAUUGAUUGAUAGUAACGCUCAUCGAGCCGACUUUAUGAAAAGAUCAUUCAAAUUAAAAAUAAUAGUAUCUAGAAUUAUUUUGAUUGGGUAUGUGCUUACAACGGCAUCCAAGACCUACCACUUUGUAUUCCAAAAGGGUGAUGCGUCUCCAGAUAAUAUUACAAUUUUACUACAUAUUACAACAACCCGCAAUAAUAUAAUUUAAUGUUUGUAAAACUGAUCAUAUCAAAUCACGGUAUUGGGUCGUCAACACCGUGACAAAAAAUAAUACCAAUUUAUAUCCACAAUUACGGUAUGACGGGAUUCUGGAAUCAUCAUCAUCAUCAGCCUAUUAAUGUCCCCACUGCUGGGGCACAGGCCUUCCCUAUGGAUGGAAUAGGGAGAUUGGGCCAUGACCCACCACGCGGGCCCAGUGCGGAUUGGCGGGUGCUAACGACUGCAGACGCAGCCGGGACCAACGGCUUAACGUGCCUUCCGAAGCACGGGGGAACUCGAGAUAGAUGUUUUUUGGUCACCCAUCCAAUGACCGACCACUACGAAAGUUGCUUAACUUCAACCAUCGCAGCCGAACGCGCUAACCACUUGCGCCAUCGAGCUCCUCGAUUCUGGAAUACCGAUAUUAAAAAGCCCUAGCAUUUCAUCGUAUUUAAAAAGCGUUAUUUGUAUUAUACACCAACAAAUUACUACACUACUACUGAUGAUAAUGUGUAUUUUAUGUUAUAAGCUUAUGGCCCGCCUGAUGGUAAGCGGCCACCAUGGCGUAUAGACCUUUGCUAUACAAAAAAAUAUCACUCGCGCCGUUGUCUACCCUGACCCAAUCCCCUAACGCGUGGAGCCCUUGAAUCUUACCCACCGACAGAAACUCAACACCACCAAAAGGUAGUGUUAUUUUACUGUGGUUUUCUGUAAGGUGGAGGUUACUUCCCCAGACGGGCGCUCCAAUUCGAGCGGAAAAUCCGCUAUGACCUACCUGUCUUACCUUUUAUUUACAUUGAUAAUUUUAUAAUAAAACAAGCUGUCCCAGCGAACUUCGUAUCGCCCUAAAAAAAUAGGGGUUGGUGGUAGGAGGGUGAAAAUUUAGGGUUGAAUGUAUUUUUGUAUGAUGUAUCAUAAAAAUAAAAACAAAAAAAAAUGUCCACAAAAAAAAUUAAGGGUGGAAAAAGAGAUGUUUUCCGAUUCUCAGAUCUACUGAAUAGGCAUAUAAAAUUUCACGAAAAUUAGUCGACCCGUUUCGGAGAACUUAGUUCAAUUACGCACACCGUGAUACGAGUUUUUUUUGUAUUAUUUUGGCAACAAACAAUCAUAUAUAUUUUACAAAAGUAGCUCAUGUUAAACAUUUUUUGUGAAAUAGACCUAGCAGUGCCUAAACACAAUAUGAAAACAGAUCUGAAGUUGGAAAUGACAUGGUCAUAGUCAGCUAAUAAAAAUCCAAAAAAUUGGAUAAAAUGUUGUAGUUAAAACCGUAGUUAUUUUACCACUAGGUAUUCAAACGGGAUCAGAUAAUAUCCAUUUAUUUAUUGAUAACAUCUCACUUAAUGUUGUUUAAAUUGUUGAAAAAACCCUACGUUAUUAUGCAAUUAUUUAAAAGUAGAUCUCGCCAAAUAUUAACUUUUAAAUAAUUGUAGAAGCUGUGUGUUUACAACACUUUUACUUUAACCAAAGUAUAUAUAGAUUUUCUUUAAAGCAUACAUUUUUCAAUGGGUGUUGUAUUCUUUUUCGAAUUACAAUGUGCUAUUCCACGUGUGUGCCUUCUUUUUAGUUUCCUUAAAUGAAAAACCUCAUCUUGAAGGUCACUCAGUUCAAAAUUAGCAAAAUUUACAUCGAGACUACGCUUUCACUCAAAAUCACGUGAACUUAUUCUUUACUAAGCCUUUGUACACAAAGAAAGUCUGAAACAUGUAAAACUAUUUAAAUAUGACGAUGAAUAAUAAUUUACAACACUAACAUUGUUUGAGUGUAUUAAUAAUAUAAAUAGAUAAGUGCGUGCGAAUGACGCUAGCGAAAAAUGAUUAGGUGCAAGGCGAUCGACUUUUCACGUAGCAAUAUCCAUAACCAAUCAUGUAUGUUAUUAAUUCUGGGCGGCAUUAAUAUCACCUUCAUUGACUUCAAUACACGUCAAUAAAGCAAAUAUGUAUUCUUUUUUUUUUCUAAAGUUGUUUCUUUAGAAAGAAAAUAAAAAUAGACUAACAUUAUAACCUCGUGCCAUGGACGCGACCUUUAAUUUGAUUCACUAUGCAACGUCAUAGCACAACAAACAAAUCCCGGUGACACGAGCGUUCCGUAUCUGAUAACUUAUCAAAUAAUUACGAUUGUGCAAAUGAGAACAGUUUAUCAGACGUAUCAGCGACGCGAGACCGGGCUACUGCGAUCUCUCGAUUCGGUACCAAAACCCUACCAUACCAUUACCUACCACUGUUGCAGGCCGCAUUCGACAAAGCGACGCCGCUUUGAGUGAACGUCGGAGAGACUCACGUAACUAUCGUUCGAGUGAAUAGAGUGCGCGUAGUCGAUCGUGACGUGCAAUGCCCAGGGCUCCGCGCGCCCCCGCACCCCUCGCUGGGCUAUGGAGACCAUCCUGGACAGGUUCAAGAGGGAGCCAGGAGGACUGCGUCGCUCUCGAUCCGUCCGCGCCUCCUUGCGCCUGAUCGGCAACCGCUGGCGGUCGACGAAGGAGGAGGAGCCGGUCGACGACAUCGAAAAUUUCAAAAGGAACAGUGUAGUGUUUUCGACUCAAAUUUGGAACACCGAAAAGGAUUACGACGUAGCGUACACAGGCAUCGAAGGCACAUACACGUCGACGACGCCGAUCAUGGCGCGACGGAAGCCAGAACCCGCGAAGCAGAGGAAGAAGAGCGGUGACAUCGAUUUGAAUCUGAAACCCGCAAGGCACAGGAAAGUGGAGAAAUCAAAAUUUAGCGAUCUGUUCACGAAUAAGAAGCAAAAGAGCGCGUCGGCGAAAGAUUUGUUGGUGCCGGAAAAGAUUCCGCCGAAGGCCGCAGCUAUUUUGCACAUACACUCGCCUGAUAAGGGGAAGAAGAAGUUGAAGGGUAUAGGGAAGUCGGAGUCGGCGAAGAGUAUGGCCGAGGUGAUGCAGCGGCGGAUGCGGCGCGGUUCGGAGGGCGACACAUGCCCGCAUCAGCCGCGCGGGUGCGUCAACCAGGCGUUCGUUUAUAGCACCCCGCCAAAGGAGAGGAAGAUACCGAUGUCACCGUCCGCUUAUCUGAAACUCCAGUACGGCGCUUUGCUAGAGGGGUGCGGGGGGGAGCUACCGUCGCUGAGUGCGUGCGCACCGCUCCCCCCGCACCUCGACAAAGCGACGCGCCGCCAGCAGAAAGACGCACGUGCACAGCAAGACAAAAUCGCACAAGUUAACAUACAUUUGCAUGCUCUGUUUGCGGCCGUCGAACAUGGAUAUCUUGACAAGGCAAGAAACAUCUUGGACUCCACAGAUGUGGAUGUUAACAGCCUCAACACCGAUGGAUUAUCACCACUGGACGUAGCUGUUCUCUCCAAUAACCGACCUUUGGCGAAAAUGCUUAUGGAGUUUGGCGCAAAAGAAGGCACACAAUUCAAGAGCUCAGAAGCACUGGGAGCUCAUUUACGUCGGUUGGUUCGUGAGGCGGAGUCGAGACUGCAUGAAGUAGCUGGGUGCGCGCCAGAGAGGACCUGUCGGGACGACGCGUGCACCAGGUCUUCAGCUGGUGGUCAAGCAGCUGCCACAACCGGCUGUGCUGGCGGAGCUGGCUCGGAGAAGGAUAAACAAGCCCAACAUUGGGAGAGAAGAGUUCGGACUCUCAAACGCCUACUCCUCGGCUGGCAACAAUCCCGUGCGCCAAUCGCCCCUGCUUCACCUGACCUGGAAGUCUGCGGCGCGCACGCAGUCACCGUCCGCCUGAAAGACCUUCGUUCUACCUCUUUAUCUACGUCUACUUCUACUUCACAACGAGAACCACCUAUAGUCACUAAAUUUAAAGUGGAAUGGUCUUCAAGAGCGGACUUCUCCAACGUGUGCGGCAGUAGAGAUGUGGCGGUCGUAAUAUCGAACGGUGGUACGAGAGUGCUAGCGGCGGGCCUGACGAGAGGCAGGCGGUACUUCUUCAGGGCGGCCGCUGGGAAUAUCAAGGGAUGGGGGCCGUUCACAGUGUCAGUGCCGAGAAGUGUUGUGCCGAGCAGUUGGCGGGACGUGGUAUCAACGCGCACGUCUCGCGGCGGUUCGGGCGGCGCCGCUGCGGCGUUGGAAGCACUAGCGACCGCCGCCGCUGGCGCCAGACAACGCGCCGCCGCGCCUCCGCCGCGACUGCCGCGCAAGAAGACCGCCACCAUCCGGCAGUUGUUUACCGCCGCCAGCAAGUUCCAGAAGAACCUGCGCAGGGGCGUGUACCUAGCGUGCAUCCUUUACCACGAAGACAAGGUGCUGGUCACCAGCGAGGAGUUCCUGCCCGUCAUCGAGGUGGACGAGACCUACCCCACCUGUAUAUACACCGACUUCCAUUGGCUCAUGAAGGUGUCCUGCGCGUGGGACGACGUGAAGGGUCUCCGGUCAGACAUGGAAAAGCACACGUCCUCCUCAAUCCACUUCCGACUGAAGUUGCUCACGGCUGCUGCGCAGAUGCAGUCCGCGCUCGGUAUCCAAGAUUUAGGACAAUUGUAUCAUAAGCCGUUAAGGGACUCGCACGGGACCGUGGUCCUGUCUUGCGUGAACAGCGUGAAGUCGAUCAAGUCAGUCUCAGCGCUGAACUCGCGGUGGGCUCCUGUUUCGAGGCUACGGCGGAGAGUGCUCAGCGAAGACAAUACCAUAGGGGAAUUACUAAUGGCCUCCGUGCACGAGCAAAUCGCUUACCAUCAGGUUUCGCGCGUACAACUCACCCGCGGUCUAUAUCUGGGCUACUUGAAGCUGCAGUCGUCCGUAGAAGUGGUGCGCAUUGUGGCACCCGCGCGCGCGCCCAACGUGCCGCCCCACACACGCGUGCGAGACAACCCGCACGUGUCCGCUGAAGAAUGGGAUUACCUUCGGACGCAAUCAGGAAAAUCAUCUUCUGAAGAAAUACAAGCUAUGAAUAGUCUAGUACCUAUCGGUAGUCAGGAGAAACCCUCAGAAUCUCAAGAAAUGUUCCUGGAUCAGAUAGCGAACGCCGCUAGACGAUUGUUCCGAGAAAUGGAUAUACCUUUAGAAAGCGUCAUUGCCCACCGAAUAUACGACCUCGAGGUCGUGGAACUCAACAAUGACGUUAGCUUCAUAAUGAUCUGCCCUCCAGCUGAGCAAGCUUGCUCUGUACCGGGACAGAAAGAAAUACUCCUGCAGAGAGGCGAUUUGCUCAGCCUACCGAUACAAGCUUUCGAAAUGAUUCAUCUGCAGACGUACCAUAGCAGUAUACUAAAUAAAUACUCCAAACUUAGUUGUGUAUUAGAAUUAGAUGUAGCCCUAGCAGCCCAUUCGCAUAGAGAAGCAUUCUCUUGCAGUGAAUUACAAACUGCCAAAGAACGGUUAACGAAGCUUGAAGAACUCCAAAAUAACUUGAAUACAGUUUGGAAAGCGGAAAGAUGGCUCAUGGAUCUAAUUGGUUUUGCGAGAGACAAAGAUAAAGCUUCACCUAACUCAGGCAUAUUAUUAAAACACAUCCUAGAUAAAACUCCUCAAAUUUGUACAGACGGUCCGGAAUUAGAAACAUGUGAUGCAGAUGCCAAUCAGAAAGUGGAUUUCCUUCAAAUACCAGCUAGAGAUGGGAAAAUGACUAAAACUUCACCAGGUCGAGGUUCAUGGCCUGGGCCAGCCGGGAAUGGAAAUCAUGCAAACUUGCAUCCAGAAUUUAGCAAAUCUGAACAACAACUUAGCAUAGCCCCGCGUCAAACUUCAGUAUCGACGCUAAACUUGUCUAGUUCACAAUACCUAAGUGCUGAAAAUAAAUACUCUCGAAAAGGUAGUGGGGAUUCCCAAUACACUCAGUCUAGUGCCAUGAGCAAUAACUACACGAGCAGCAACUCCCAGUUUGACAUUAAGUCGCCCAGCUCUCACACUAGCGCUGGCAGUAAUCGUCUUCCACCAUCACGAAGCGAAGAUACUUUAGUACUUCAAAACGAGAACGUCGAGCAAAAACCUAGGCCGCACAGCAUCACUACAUCAAGUAUGUCAAAUACAUCUAGUCCUCUGCUAACAGUGAAAGGUUUCUACCCAGGAAGCAUGAUAAGCGUGAGGACAAGCAAAGCGUCGAACGUGUCAGAAUCCGCCCAAAGUCUGUCGAGUGAUUCAGAGAGCCAGAGUUGUCCGAUAACCUCAACAUCAGUUCCUUUGAAAAUCCGUCCGCAGGGAAAGCAUUUUAGAGCGCCCAAUAACGUUAUUACCUCUAAGAGUAUGACUAACGUGAAGUCCUCAGAGGUGGACUAUACGGACACGGGGCAGGAGUUGUUCGCCAAGCCGAGCACCUGUGUAAAGCGACUUCCACUCCUGGAGACACAGGAAGACGCUGAGUAUAAUAAUAAGAUUCCAAAGACUGAUGAAAAAAGUGAGAUGGAGGAGCGGCAAGAACAAGUGCAGGAGCAUCGGCCCUCAGACCAGCCUGGAAUAUUACAGGUGUUCGCUGCAUACGAAACAGGUCUCGCGUCUGGCACCUCUCUCAAGCUGCACGUGACGCCGAGAACUUCUGCACGUGAGGUCAUCGACCUCGUGGUCAAACAGCUCAACAUGGCCGCCGUCCUCAAAGGCAAGGCAGGGCCAGUCUACGGCCCGGAUAAGCUUCAGGACUUCUGCCUAGUAGCGGUCAUAGGGGCGAGAGAGAGAUGUCUCCGCGAUGACUUCAGACCACUCCAGUUACAAAACCCGUGGCGAAAGGGACGGCUAUAUGUGAGGCUCAAACACGACGUGCUAGCUGCUCUGCAACACUCCGCGAAGCAACCGUCUUAUAUAUAAAAGAUACGUUUAUAUUAAAUUAUUAAGCAUAGUGUUCAUUUCCAUCCCCAAAUGAGAGUCCGUUUGAAUGUAAAAAAUAACAUAUUAAAAUAGAAAUGCCUUUUUUUGAUUUCGUGAUAAAUUUUUGAAAAUCAUAGCUAUAGUGUAUUGCAUAGUAUCAAAGGAAAUUCGUCCAUUAUAAUUCAGCGCCGUUGGAAAUCAUCUUUGAAAAUAAAUACAAAAAUUACCGAUAAUAAUGAUUAUUAUCUAUAAAUUCAAUAAUGAUCUUUGUGACUUUUUUCGAACGGAUCUAAAAGUAACAAAACAUUUAGUUAAUAUCCUCCAUAAAGCGAUUGAAUAAGUCAUUUAUUAACCUACUUAUGUAUAUAAUUUUACAUUUAAAUUAAUGAAAUUAAAAGUAAGUGAACGUUGGAAAUAGUCUCGUUUGUAGUAAAUAAUUCAGAAUUUUUUUUGUACCGCGUUUUUUUAUAAACUAAUUUUGUAGUUUAACUUUUUAUAGGAUACGAUUUGUUUUCGGUGCCAAUUCUGAUUAUUUUGAUGCUUUAAAUAGAUAAGACAACGUUGUGAGUAGGUAUUAUACUAUACAGAAAUAUUCAAACAGAAUUUGUGGUGCUUUUCACUGUAAAAUGUGUGUCGCUUAUUAUUCGAUGUAUGUUAUUUUCAUUAAUGUUUAUUUGUCUACCACUAAAUAUUUUCUUGUUCGAUCGUUGUGUCUUAAAACAUAAUUAUUAGCAACGAGCUUAUCAUCAGCCAACAUUAGGAUAGGAUAGCAAACAAAGCUUUAACGGUUUAAAUGCGUUAAUUUUUUUUACUUGACGUAUCGCAUCCUUUUCACGCUGCUUCGUCAGAAUUAUGACGUCGCCUGAAAAGGAUGCGAAAAGUCAAGUAACAAAUAAAUUAACGCAUUUAAACUGUUGAAGCUAUGUUUUUUUAAUGAGUGAUGAGCGUGAAAACCUAAGAAACAGGAUAGCAUUUAACAAUAUAAGAAUUCUUUGAUACUACGGAACCCUUAAAAAAGUGGUCUACUGGGUACUUGGUUCUUAAUCUCGAAUCUCUCUAGUUCGUAGAGGCACUUCCCGUUAACAGGGAAGUGGUAAAAUAUAGAUAAAGUUUCAAACUUUCCCAUAAAAGGCUCAUUUAAAGUAACUUGUAACUUCAUCUAUCUUCUCGACUGGACUCCAUUUACACUUAACAUCAGGCGGGGUGGGGUAAUUUGUUGCAUCUUGUAUAAAACAAUCAUUUUUUGUUUCAAGAUAUUUAAAUGUUAAUGAAAAUUUAUACAUAGCUUCGUGAUAUAAAUCUGGUUAGUUUAAAACAAAUUGUUUGAAAUAAUUCCCCUGAUUAAAUAGCAUUAUCAUUGAAAUGUUUAUCGAAUGAAAUAAAGUUUUCCCUGUUAUGAAUUUAUCGUAGUCAGACCAACUUGUAGGCAUUGUAUUUUCCCUAUUUUUGUUGUAUUUACUGCGAUAACCAAAAUCAAGUGAAAUAAAUAUAAAUUUCUAUAUUUUUCACUACUUUUUACGUAAAAUCCAAAAUCCGCUUGGAUGACAUAAGUGAAUAUGCGAAUUUACUCGCAAAUUACAUACCUACCUAGCUAGGUACCAAAUUUUCGAAAUCGGUAAAACUUAUGUUUGAGCUUUGUUUUUUAAAUGAACUGAAAUUAUAUGUAAUUUAUUUACUUAUAUAUUUUUAUUAUAUUUUUGGUUAGUAGAUUAUUAUUUUUGUAAAACCAUAUCUCUGAGGAAGACAGGGUUUUAAUGAUUUCGACCAUAAACAUAUUUUAUCUAAUCAUAAAAUGAUUAGAAUUUUAUACAAGUGUGAUUAUAGUAUUAUUACGACAUAAAACACGAUAAAGUUAUUUGAUCUUUUUCAUUAUAUAAUUUUAAAUUCUUAAAAUGAAAUAACUAUCAAUGAGUAAAAGUUAUACAAAAAAUAUCUCUCUUACAGUAUUAACAAUAUUCUAAUAUAUUAUAGAUAAGAUUUUAUCAUUUCAAUUUGCUGAUCCGUGCAUAUCAAUUGAAAGUACUUAUUACCAAAGCUACAUUUUGUUAAUAAUUAUAUAUUUUUUUAUAAAUAGAUUGUAUCGAUGUUCCCCUUUAUCUUAAUACUUCUACAAUAAUCAACAUAACUAUAUAGAUAUUUUAAAUAUUCUAAUACCUACUUAGAAAAUUUAAUUUUACAUUUUUAACUCUCUUCUUCAAUAGAUGAAUGAGUGAGAAUGAGUUGGACUCUAGAAAUACUGGUUAGAAAAUACUCAAUUAUUAUGUAAUAUGAUUUUAUUACGCGGUUGUACAUUUUAUAGGUAGACGCAUGUACAAAGAGAAUGUGUAAUUAGAAAGAAUAUGAAUUAUAAACGUAACGAAGAUUCGAGCCAUAAAUAAUGCAGAAUGCAAUUGUAUUAAAGCCUAACUGAAUGUCUUAUGAUAAAUAUAAAAUAAAGUUUAUUUUAGAAUAAAAUUAUUGUAUCGUUCACCUUAUCCGGUGUUGUAAAAUUAGGUUUUAGAAAGAAUGGGAGUAUGAAGUGAUGCACAAAAUAAAUGUAUUUCAUUCAAC